UGACCCUACGGCCCAGCCCGAGGAGGAUCCCCGUGUAGAAGGCCGGGGCAAGAAGUGAUCUGGGCCCUCGUCACUUCGCUGCCAAAUCCCCGGCGCCGCCCAGAGACAGAGCCAGCCCAGGGCCGUCCACCCAAUCCGGCCCGCCGCCUCUUCGGCCAUGGAAGCUACCGGCAACCCCGAGGCUGCGGGGACAGGCAAGUACAUCGCUUCAACACAGAGACCUGACGGGACCUGGCGCAAGCAACGGAGGGUGAAAGAAGGCUAUGUGCCCCAGGAGGAGGUCCCAGUGUAUGAGAAUAAAUAUGUGAAGUUUUUCAAGAGUAAACCAGAACUGCCCCCAGGGCUGAGCCUUGAGGCCACUGCUCCUGUCACCCCAUCCAGGCCUGAAGGUGGUGAACCAGGCCUUUCCAAGACAGCCAAACGCAACCUGAAGCGAAAGGAGAAGAGGCGACAGCAGCAAGAGAAAGGAGAGGCAGAGGCCUUGAGCCGGACUCUUGAUAAGGUUUCUCUGGGAGAGACAGCCCAACUCCCCGGUGCUCCACAGGGCUCCCGGGCAGCCCCCACAGUAGCCUCUGACCAGCCUGACUCAGCUGCCAGCACCGAGAAAGCCAAGAAGAUAAAGAACCUAAAGAAGAAGCUUCGACAAGUGGAAGAGCUACAGCAACGGAUCCAGGCUGGGGAAGUCAGCCAGCCCAGCAAAGAGCAGCUGGAGAAGCUAGCAAGGAGGAGGGCGCUGGAAGAGGAGUUAGAGGACUUGGAGCUAGGCCUGUGAGGCCUUUGGGAAAUAAGGAAUGAACUGCAGAACAAACCAUGGGGUUCUCUGGGGCUGGGGGAAUGCGGGCGGCCGCAGUCAGGAGGGGUAGCCCCCAUACUGGCUCACUUCCACCUUUUGCAGCCCAACUCUGUCCUCCAGAGCCUGACCUCUCCCUCAUUCCUUCUCUUUUCUCCCCAGCUCCUAUAUUUUGGACUUUCCCUCUCCCAUCCCCAGUGUUCAAGAUCUCAGUGAUUACCCCAGGUACUUUUGCUGCUGAUUUGGGUUUCUCGUUUAAAAGAAAAUCAGGUGGGUGGGAAUCUCUCAGAGAACUGAGGUCGAGGGUAGAGGGAGUAUGCCCAAGUCUUGGAGGCUUGGUUCCUGUUCACAGUGUUCAUGGGUUAUUUCCCUCUCCGUCCCUCCGUUGUUUUUUUUUUUUUAUUUUUUUUAUUUUUUAAAGAAGAAGAAUAAACUCAAGUAGACA